GGUCGGCUGGGCUCAGCCUCCUGAAAGGGGGCGGCUCGGCCUGGGAGGGCUUAGGCUGUAUCGCGUCGUGCAUCCACGGGCCCGCGCUGUCGUCUGCCACUGUCCAGUGAGCCCUUCGCUGCCACCUAUGGACUCCCAAAGAUCACCAGAGGAAACUGUCCUCAUUACGGGAGGAGGUGGAUAUUUUGGCUUCCGCCUUGGCUGUGCUCUGAACCGGAAGGGGGUCCACGUGAUUCUGUUUGACAUCAGCAGACCUGCCCAGACCCUUCCAGAAGGAAUCAAGUUCGUCCAUGGAGACAUACGCCACCUCUCUGACCUGGAGUCAGCUUUCCAGGUUGCUGACAUCACAUGUGUGUUCCACAUUGCCUCUUACGGUAUGUCUGGGAGGGAGCAACUGAAUAGAACCCUGAUCCAAGAAGUCAACGUGUGGGGCACAGACAAUGUCCUCCAGGCCUGCCAGAAGAGAGGGGUGCCCAGGUUAGUCUACACAAGCACCUUCAACGUCAUCUUUGGAGGUCAAGUCAUCAGAAAUGGGGAUGAGUCUCUGCCUUACCUGCCUCUUCACCUGCACCCAGACCACUACUCCCGGACCAAAUCCAUUGCAGAGAAGAAGGUUCUGGAGGCCAAUGGCUUGGCCCUGGACCAAGGCAGCGAUGUCCUCCGAACUUGUGCCCUGAGGCCAGCCGGCAUCUAUGGGCCAGGAGAGCAGAGGCAUCUCCCCAGGAUAGUGAGCUACAUUGAGAGGGGCCUGUUCAGAUUCGUAUAUGGGGACCCCAGCAGUCUGGUGGAGUUCGUCCAUGUGGAUAACUUGGUGCAGGCCCACAUUCUGGCCUCUGAGGCUCUGAGAGCUGACAAGGGCCACAUUGCCUCUGGGCAGCCCUACUUCAUCUCAGACGGCAGGCCCGUGAACAACUUUGAGUUCCUUCGGCCAUUGGUUGAGGGCCUGGGCUACAGCUUCCCGGCCACCCGCCUGCCGCUCACCCUCAUCUAUUACUUCGCUUUCCUGGUGGAGAUGGCCCACUUCGUUCUCGGUAGGCUCUACAACUUCCAGCCCUUCCUCACCCGCACCGAAGUUUAUAAAACUGGAGUUACACAUUACUUUAGCUUAGAGAAAGCCAAGACAGAGCUAGGCUAUGAGCCUCAGCCAUUUGACCUGCAGGAAGUGGUAGAAUGGUUUAAAGUCCGUGGUCAUGGCAGAAGGUCUGGAAGUCAGGACUCCGAACACCUCCCUUGGGAUGGGAUGCUGAUCUUCCUCUUGACUGUAUCUGUUCUCACAUGGCUCCCUUCUUCUGUAGUUCUGUCAGUAUGAAGCAAAAGCGAUGCGUAGGGACCGAUCCCACUGGCCGGGAUGAUGUUCAGGAGCACAGCUUGUAAAAUUCUCUCCCGCUAUCUGGUACCACUCUGGCCUACGAAUUACUAUUUAAGAAUGAGUUCUUUAAAUCCCUUUAGCAGGGGUGGGCUACCUUCUUGUGAGUUGUUGGUCAGGGAAGCCCUUAAGGCCCCCAAAACGAUACAGACUAUUGCCAGUGCUCUUGGCUACCCACCAGAACUAGAUGGUGAGACCCUAUUGCUGAAGACACCACACAGUUCGGUUGCAGCACAUAAGGAAAUCAAGCUGCUUUCAUAGUGUCAGAAGGUGCUAUGGAGGCCGCUGGGAGAUAACUUUGAUCAGCAGUCUUACUCAGCCAUGGACCCCACAGACUAUACUACCAACCACCACGCACACUACAUACUGGUGCAAUAGUGGCAAGGUUGCUAAGGAAGUAACCAACCUCUUUCCAUUUGGAUGUGCAGCCUGCUGCACAGGAGGUAAUUAAUUCACGCCUGGUGCUAUAAACCAGGUCAUAAGCUCAUUGCUGAAGAGGUCAUAGGCUCUAGCAAGUAGGCAAUAAUGUUAAUUUGAUAAAUGGAGAUGUUCCCAUCAGAUUGCUUUCUAAAUAUUGAUGUUUACGCCCAUGGACUAGUGCUGCUGUCAGCUUAGGUCAGUGGACUUUGUCACAGGUAGGUGGCCAUUAGACUGCAGGGCCACGUAACUGGGAAAAGUGCUGAGAUGUCCGAUAAAUGGGACAUCUCUAUCACCCCCUCCAAGGCUCGGGGGACAUUGUGAAAGGAGGGUUGGAAAGAAUGUAAGAGCUGGAGGAAGGGAGGAGAGCUCUGGAGUGCUGUGUCCCAGGAAUGGCAUGGCCAUUGCACACACGCAUUCACAGCGUCUGCAGUUACCUGCAUGACACUGAGCCCACCAUCAUCUGUAGGCAGUCAGUGGUUGCAAGGGGCAGGGAGAGACUUUCCCCAGCGGUGCAGUCACUGGUGAGUUAACUCAGCUCCCAUCAGAGCUCUAAUGAAACACGUUGUAUCAUACACAACAAAAAGAUGUGUGAUAGAAGAGGGUCUGGCUGGAAGAGGAGAGGGGUGGUAGAAGUGGGAGGGGCAAGAGAAGGUGAGGGGUGGAUAUGAUCAAAAUAUGUUAUGAUGUGCAUGUCACUGGGGGCUUUCUGUAAUGUCAUAAUGAAACUCAUAUGUAACUACUAAAUGCUAAUAAAGGAAGAAAGGAUGGGUCUUGGA